AUGUCACGUUCUUACCAUCAUCAUAUGUCUUUGCCUCAGACAGAUAAUUCCUCCAAUCCACAAGCACUUGUCUCAAAUCAUGAUUCUCUNCGGUUUUCUACGGGAAUAUUCGCGAUCCAAAUUCUCCGAAGUCUCAGCUCCUCCAACGACGAGGUCUGCGUCGCCCAAUUCAGGUCUCGAUCCGUGGUCGUCACCGGGAACCGGAUCAGAAAUCGAAAUCGCGACUUCCUCCGCCGCCGAUUUCACUGUACCGUCGAUAGGUUCGACGAGAGAUCGACAGAGAGGACAAGAGGAGUGAGAAUGAAACCACAUAUCGAUGCAGUCAACAUGAAACGUGUGCUUGCAAUUGGGCAAAACCCGACCCGAUUCGCUCUCCUCGAAUUCCGAGAGGCAAACCGCACACUCGAUCGCGCUUUCGGCGGUCGCGGCGGAGAAAGUAAAAACGGGAAGAGAUUUUAUGACGGACUGGUCGAGGCCGCGGGAGGUUACGGCACCGGUGGAGGAAGGGUUGGCGAAGAAGAUAAUAGCAGCGGCGGCGCGACGAUUGCUGUUGAAUCGGCGGAGAUGGAAGCGGCGAGAGCGGAGGAGAUACCAGCGAGAGUAGAGGUGGAGAAAGAUCAUGAGAAUGACGACGAAUAA